UCCAAAUCGACGUAUUCUUCGAUCCCUGACUCCUGAAAGCUGAAACAAACAAAUUUCUUUCCCUGAAUUUCUUCCAAUCUUACAAAAUUUUCAGAUGGGAGCAGAUACUCGAAAAGGCAUCUGUAAUCCAAUCGAUAGAUACCAAACUUUAAGGCUCAAAGAAUCCCUCUCCACACCAUUUCAAUACAUACUCGCCUGUAAAGAAUUGAGCUUUAUCCUUAAAAAUGCAUACUCAAAAUUCCCCAAAAAUCUCCAAUCGCUCAUUUUCCUGGACACCCUUUUCGCCUUCAGCCUCCUCCCUGAGAUGCAGACGCAGUCUGCAAUUUCAGCUGCUAAUUCCCUUUUGCAAAGUGCGGAAUUUGCUUUGCCGAAGCAAAAACGAGCGACGGCAGUUACGGAGCACAAGCAAGCAGUUGUUGCGAGUAAGAGGAAGAUCAAAGCAAAACAAGAGGAAGAAGGUAUAAUUCCGCUUCCACAGGAUGUUCUUAUACAUAUAUUUAGCUUCUUAGAUAUGCAGUCUCUGGUUUCUGCUUCUGCAGUCUGCCGGUCAUGGAAUGUUGCAGCUAGUGAUGACCAUCUCUGGGAAUUCUUAUAUGCUAUUUACUAUUGCGGUUCUGGCAAUGUUUGUCCAAAUGGCAUGGCUACUGGGGUUGGUAUUGACUGGAGAUGUGCUUUUAAAAUAGCCUAUAAAGGCACUUGCUAUAGAAAAUUCAAAUCUUAUAGGGGCUACUGUUCAAGUUGCUGUUCAGUUGUUUGGCUAAGUAGCAACAGAUGUGCCAAUAAAUCAAAUAUAAAAGAUGGCAGCAACCACCAAAUCAAGCCUAUCUCAAGGCAACAGAUUGUGGAGUUUAUUUUAGAUGGCUUCCUGGUAUCAGAAUCUUCUUCAGAUAGUGACAGUGAUCCUGAAGAUGUGUCUAUGUUGAAGCUGUGGGCCUAUCCUAGGAAGAUAGGGUAAGAAUAGCCUAGAUUAGGCGGAUUGAGUUUUAAAGUGCUUUGUAUCUCCAUAAAAGAUGUUAUGCAAAUGGUAAAAAAAUAUUAUUAUAUCCAUGAAAGAUGUUCAUAAUUAGAUUUC